UAUUUGUAUCUGUAUUACAGAAAAAAUUCGAAAAUAUUUCCCAUACAAAAUGUCAAAAUUAAAUUUUACCGUGGUAGACGCCGACGAAUUGGCUAAGAAGGCUGUCACAAGAAGUUCGUCGUUCGGGCCCAACUCCCCUCUGAAGCGCCUCUUCCAGAUGGUCGUCAUCAAGCGCGAGUGCUACAUAAACGAUCUCUGGGAGCUGGUGGGCCACGAGACGGUGUCCACACGGGACGAAAAACGCGAUGACAUGAGGAGGGCCAUCGACUGGCUACUAAAGCGCCUGGCGGCCAUCGAUGUGGUGGCCUUUGGGGAGCAUCUGGGAAUGCAGAUGACGGACGAAUACCAGCCCAUUCCCAUGCCCAGGGUAAUCAUUGGAGUGCUCGUCCAUAGUCCCAGCAAGCCGACGAUUCUAGUUUAUGGAAACCUGGACGUGGAGGAGGCUGUCGUGGGAGACGGCUGGGGUACGGAUCCCUUUGUGAUGACGGAGAUCGGCGAGUAUCUGUACGGGCGGGGCGUAGCCAUGGACAAGGGGCCGCUCUUGUGCUGGCUGAAUGCCAUUCAGGCCUACAUGGACGCAGGGGUUCGCCUGCCCGUCAACAUCGUCUUCGUCAUCGAGAGCAUGGCCCACUGCGGCAGCCUGGGCCUCGAGACGGUCCUCAAGGAGCGGAUAAGCUUCUUCCGCAACGUCUCCUGCGUGGUGAUGGCCACACGCCGCUGGCAGAGCGCCACCACCCCGGGAUUGAUUUACGGAUCGAGGGGCCUGAUCUACUACCACCUGGAGGUGCAGUGCUGCAACCGCGAUCUCAGCAGCUUCGAGCACGGCGGCACUCUGUUCGAGGCACUGCCGGAUCUCUUCUACCUGCUCAGCUGUCUGACAGAUCCCCAGUUGAACGUCCUCAUCGAAGGAACCGCGCAUGCCCACCCCGUUGACAUGAAUACCGUUAGGUGUGCGGACUUCAGCUACGAGGAAUUUGGCGAUAACUUGUUGGUGCCCCGCCUUCCCAACCGCAGACAUAAGCAUUUGGCUCUCGCCAAGAACUGGGCCAUGCCCCAUCUCUCGAUACACGGCAUCGAGGGGGCCAACUCCGAGGCAGACGUCCGCUUUGUGAUACCCCACAAGGUGAUCGGAAAAUUCUCCAUUGCGCUGGCGCCCAACCAACGGCCGGAGGACGUCACCAAAGCCCUGCAGAAGCAUUUGGGGCAGGUUUGGCUACAGCGGGCAUCGCCCAACAAGAUGAUGCUGUGCGAGAAGUUCGUUAUCCCCUCCUGGAGUGGACGCUGCAACAGCCCCGAGUACCUGGCGGCCACUCGGGCCAUGAGCAAGACCUACAACGUAAAGCCAAACUUCAUACGAGACGGCGGCUCUCUGCUGGCUCCCUCGAUUUUUCAGAGAGUGCUCAAGAAAAACGUGGUGGUGCUGCCCAUUGCGGAGAACGACAUCGGCGGGAGUCCGGUGAACGAACGCAUCUCGGUGGACAACUACAUCAAGGGCUCCCAGAUGCUGGCCGCCUUCAUGUGGGAAUAUGCCCAGACCAACCCCGAGAGCGAUUUUGUCGAUGGCAUGUGUAUGCCAAAGGACUGAGACGCAAAGCGGCGACUCCUUUGUUCUAUGCCGUCAACACUAAAUACUCACGUCAGCCAAUAAAUCCACUUCGGUUCGCAAUCGAA